AAUAUUUCAUUAGUUUGUGAAAUAAAUAAGUGACAUUAAAGAGUUUUGCUCUGUAGAUUUUUUUCAAACAUUACUAAAAGUAUAUCUCAUUGAUUUAUAUUUGUAUGAUCUUGUAUAACCUAUUCAAUAUAUAUAUUUUUUUAUUGUAUUUCGCUAUUUUAAGUUUAAAAUGAAUAGUUCAAUAUUAGUGAGGUCAAGUUUAGUUACUAAAGGUCAUGGUGGAUUUGGUUUAACAAAUAUUGUCUUUAAAAAAUUUGAAAAACAAGUUUGUCAUAAUAGUAGUACUGCAGCUACACCAGAAUUGAAAGCGUCUUAUGGAAAUCUUCCCGACUCUGAUAGAAUUUUUACUAACUUAUAUGGACGUCAUGAUUGGCAACUUAAAGGAGCACUUAAACGUGGUGAUUGGUAUAAAACUAAAGAAAUUUUGGAAAGAGGCACUGACUAUAUAAUCAAUGAAAUGAAAACAUCUGGUUUACGUGGACGAGGUGGUGCUGGUUUUCCAACUGGAAUGAAAUGGAGUUUUAUGAAUAAACCUUCUGACGGUCGUCCUAAGUAUUUAGUUGUUAAUGCUGAUGAAGGUGAACCUGGUACAUGCAAAGAUCGUGAAAUUAUGAGACAUGAUCCUCACAAGUUGAUUGAAGGAUGUCUAGUUGCAGGACGAGCUAUGGGUGCUUGUGCUGCAUAUAUUUAUAUUCGUGGUGAAUUUUACAAUGAAGCAUCUAACUUACAACAAGCUAUUUGUGAAGCAUAUCAAGCUGGAUUAAUAGGCAAAAAUGCAUGCAAUUCUGGAUAUGAUUUUGAUGUAUUUGUUCAUAGAGGUGCUGGUGCAUAUAUUUGUGGUGAGGAAACUGCUUUAAUUGAAUCUCUUGAAGGAAAACAAGGUAAACCGAGAUUGAAACCUCCUUUCCCAGCAGAUGUUGGUGUGUUUGGAUGCCCAACUACUGUAUCAAAUGUAGAAACAGUUGCUGUUGCUCCUACUAUAUGUCGUCGGGGGGGUAACUGGUUUUUGGGUCUAGGUAGACCCAGAAAUUCUGGAACAAAAUUAUUUAAUAUAUCGGGCCAUGUAAAUACUCCAUGUACUGUUGAAGAAGAAAUGUCUAUUCCAUUAAAAGAAUUGAUUGAAAGACAUGCUGGUGGAGUUAUAGGUGGUUGGGAUAAUUUACUGGCUGUGAUUCCUGGUGGAUCAUCUACACCGCUCAUUCCUAAACAUGUUUGUGAUACUGCUAUUAUGGAUUUUGAUGGACUAAUAGCUGCACAGACAAGUUUAGGAACAGCUGCUGUAAUUGUUAUGAAUAAACAAACAGAUGUUGUAAAAGCUAUUGCUCGUUUAAUUAUGUUUUAUAAACAUGAAUCAUGUGGUCAAUGUACUCCAUGCCGUGAAGGUAUUAAUUGGAUGAAUAAAAUAAUGUACAGAUUUGUUGACGGACAAGCUCAAACGUCAGAAAUUGAUAUGUUAUGGGAAAUUAGUAAGCAAAUUGAAGGACAUACUAUUUGUGCACUAGGAGAUGGUGCAGCAUGGCCUGUUCAAGGUUUAAUACGUCAUUUUAGACCAGAAUUAGAAAAUAGAAUGAAAAAAUAUCAACAACAGAUUGAAAAACAAGCUAUUUCCAAUUAAUAGUUUUUUUUAAGUAUUUACCAAAAAAAGUGUGUAAAUUUCAAGUAGCAAUUUCAUAUUAUAAAUUAAUUUUUUAAAAUAUAUUUAAAGUAUUUGUUAUAUGAAUAAUUGAAAUUUAUAAUGCUUAUUCCUUUGUUAAAAUUAAUCUAUUAUAACUAUUUUAGUAGCAACAAUUGUUAUUAUAUUUUAGUGCAUUAAAUAUUUUUGUCAACUAGA